GACCAAUAGAAUAGCAGAGCGUCGUGACGCUACUUCCUGGCCGGUAGUUUUGCGGGAAGUUUGGUCCUCUCACGGCUUAACAUACGAUAAAGAGCAAGUCGAGAUGCCACCGAAAGCUAAGGCGGCGGGGAAAGGCAGAGCUCCAGCAAAGAGGAAGCUGGCAGAGGAGUUCCCACCCGGAGAGGUCCUGACAGACACCGGGAAGAAGGCCUGGAAGUUGGGUGCUCCAAUCGGCCAGGGUGGCUUCGGCCUCAUCUAUCUGGCUGAUGAGAAUUCUGCAAAACCUGUGGGUGCUGAUGCUCCUUAUGUCAUCAAAGUGGUACGACUCUGAACACCCUCUAAAAUGUCUUGUGCAGAGGAACAUACUACAUCCUAGAUAGGAUUACAGCCCGCUGCAAUUGAGCAGUGUGAUGACGCUUCAAAUGUUACUCGCAUCACAUACAUGUGUAUGUUUUCAUUGUUUGAGUGGACAGUAGAUGGAGUGGGUUAGCACAAGGGCCCAACAAGUGGUCAGAUUGUACUUUGGCAAGAUCAAGUUAGAACUGUUGUCAAAUACAUUCUCAGUAACUAACACUCAUGAAAUCUUGUUGACUCACCGAUUAGUUGAUUUAAAUGUCAGAUCUGUAAAAACGAGUUUCUCCUCAAAGAAUCGCACAAAAGCACCACUUAAAAUCUUGUGUUUCCCAGAGAUGGGCUCUUGGAAAUAAGCAUUCGGCGUGAAAAAAUCCAUUCAAAAUGACUAAAUCUUGGUUAACUAAUACCCAAAUAACUGAUUUGUCUAGACUGAAAGGGGGCCGCCCUAGAUCAUGCCCGUAAUUUAUUUAUUUAUUUAUUUAUUUAUUUAUGAUGUAUAUAUUUAGGUAUUGGAUUGAAAAAGUAGACUCUCAACUUUACAAAAAUGACAAAUUAAGUGAAAGAAGUUCUUUACAGAAAUAGCCCUCAGUGUUAUCCUUGUGAUUAUCUGUUUUCUAUCAAGACUAGUGGUGUACUGGAUCAUAGUUGAUCCAUGAUCCGUACGGCUACCCCCUUACACACCAAGCCAACAGGCAGCAGGCAGCUUCUCAUUUUUAGUUGGCAUUGAUCCUCACUUUCUUCAUCAGGCCAUAUCAGCUAUCGCUGGUUGAUGUUAAUUGAGUGAUUUACUAGAUGACAGACCAACAUUUAACUGGUCUGUCGUCUGGUUUGUGUGCUCUCUGAAGCCAGUGUCUCUACUCAGUCAAAGAUUGUCUAUGAGGUAAGAUAAUCACUUUGCAGCAACUCUGUUCUGUCAUUCCAACAACUCAAACCAAAGAUUUACGGUGGCAGAUAGAUUUUCCUUCUAUUCAGAGAUCCCUUUUUUUAAGCAAUUCAUUAGUUAAAAAUAGUCAAGGGUUAUGGUUACUUGUUUCCAUAUUUCUACUGUUUCAGAUACACUUCUUCAGCGUUCUCUGGUAAAUAUGUUCUGCUACCUGCCACAGUGACAGGAGCCCAGUGACAAUGGACCACUGUUCUCUGAGCUCAAGUUUUACAUGAGAGCUGCUAAGCCUGACCUGAUUCAGAGCUGGAUGAAGUCUCACAAGUUGAAAACUCUGGGUGUUCCCAGGUACUGGGGCUCAGGUCUUCAUGAGAGAGGAGGGAAAAGGUACAGGUUCAUGGUGAUCGACAGGCUUGGCACAGACCUGCAGAAGAAGUUUGAAGAAUGUGGAAGGAGGUUCCCCAGGAAACUGGUCCUGCAGCUCGGUCUUCGACUGCUGGAAGUUCUGGAGUACAUCCAUGAACAUGAGUAUGUGCAUGCUGACAUCAAGGCAUCCAACCUCAUGUUGAGCCACAGUGACCCCAACCAGGUUUACUUGGUAGACUAUGGGCUGGCAUAUAGGUACGCACCUGAAAGUGUCCUUAAAGUGUACAAGGAAGAUCCCAAGAGAUGUCACGAUGGUACCAUUGAGUUCACAAGCAUCGACGCCCACAAAGGAGCAACUGCAUGUAGGCGGAGCGACCUGGAGAUCCUGUGCUACUGCAUGGUCCAGUGGCUGUGUGGACGGCUGCCCUGGGAGGACAAGCUGCAGGACCCCCUCUACGUCAGAGACUCCAAAAUCAGGAGCCAAGAAAAUAUAUCGGAGUUUAUGACCAAGUGUUUCUCAUCUCAAGACAAGCCAGCUGAGAUCCAGAGCUUCAUGGAGGAGGUUACGUCUCUGGGCUACGAAGACAAACCGCCGUACGAGAAGCUGCGCUCCAUCCUGCAGGCUGGACUGGAAGCCAUCCAGGCUAAAGAUGACGGCAAGCUGAAGUUCACUCCUGUCAGUGCAAGCGUUUCACCCCCCGCCCAGAAGACCAACAAGAGAAAGAAGGUAGCAGAUGAAGCCGAUGAGAGUGAGACAGAUGGAGGUCUCAUCAAGAAGAAGAGAGUCCCAAAGAAAAGAGCAGUCAAAAGUCCUAAAAAAACGGCCCGACCAAGGAAGGCACCCAGCACUGUAAAACUGAGCGACCCUGAAUCCAGACUGGUGGAGACGGGCACCCAGACGUCACCCGGGCUCGUCCUGAGAUCCGCAGGCAGACUCAAGAAAAGCAGAGCCUAAGCACCCACCUCCUCCUCCUCCUCCUCACUCCUCCUCACUCCUCCUGUCCUUCCUCUGCUUCUUAAGUCUCCUUUUCAACUUUUAUAUGGUUUCUAUCUGUUACACACUGCUACAUGUUGACGUUUGAUUGUAUUUGGUGUGGUUGAAGCCAGAUCUAUUGAAAUAAAGAGGAAAUUAAAUUGUC